UCUCUCUCUCUCUCUGCCCCUUCUUUUAUUAUCCUAUAUGCUUUAAAGUUUCAAGCUUUAACCACUUCACUUCAAAUCACUCCUUCCUCUUUAUAACUCUUUCAUUAUCCUCUCCACAAUUAGAACCACCAAGCUUUUUCCAAGAUGGGUGUUGAUUUGAGGCAAGUGGUGGCUGCUGUCUUGACUCUCACCAUGUUUGUUAUGCUUGGUAACAUGAUUAAAAGAGACCACUUUGAUUCCGUCACUGAAAAGCUUCCAGGUGAAAUACAGGAUGUUGCAAAGGUUGCGGAGCAGGGUCUUUAUACAAUUGCUAAUAUGGGCAAAGGGCCUUGGUUGGAGGAUGGCCAAGAACUAAAACCUUGUUGGUCUAAGUCAAAUUAUGAUGAGCUGUCGCGGUCGAAAGGAUAUGUUACAUUCUCAUUGACUAAUGGACCUGAAUACCAUGUCUCACAGAUUGCUGAUGCUGUGGUUGUAGCAAGUGUUCUGCAAGCAACGCUUGUUGUCCCUGACAUUAGAGGAAGCAAACCAGGUGAUGAGAGGAAAUUUGAAGAUAUUUACGAUGUUGAGAAGUUCAUAAGAAGCCUGGAUGGAGUGGUCAGAGUAGCAAAAAAACUGCCUGAUAAGAUAUCAAUCCGGAAUCUUGCGGUUGUGAAGGUUCCUAAUCGGGUCACAGACGACCAUGUCAUAGAAAAUAUUCACCCAAUCUUUAAAGCAAAAGGCAACAUAAGGCUGGCAACUUACUUUCCUUCGGUAAAUAUGAGAAAGGCGACAGAGAAAAGUAAUACUGAUUCAAUUGCAUGCUUGGCAAUGUUUGGAAGUUUAAAGUUGCAACCUGAGGUUAAUGAAGUUGUUGACUCUAUGGUUGAACGACUAAGAGCUUUGAGUCGAAAGUCAGAUGGUCGGUUCGUAGCAGUGGACUUGAGGGUUGAUCUACUGGACAACAAGGGUUGUCAUGAAAGCAGCCCUGCUGGGAGAAAAAGUUGUUACAGUGCACACGAGAUUGCUAUAUUUUUGAGGAAGAUAGGAUAUGACAAGGAUACUACCAUUUACUUAACUCAGUCAAGAUGGGAUAGCAGCCUUACGGUGUUGAAAGAUAUCUUCCCUAAAAUGUAUACAAAGGAAAGCAUAAUGCCUGCAGAUAAGAAGGAUAAGUUCCUAGAAACAGAAGAUUCAGAAUAUGAAAAGGUUAUUGACUUCUACAUAUGCUCUGAAAGUGAUGUUUUUGUUCCAGCCAUCUCUGGCCUGUUUUAUGCCAAUGUAGCUGGAAAAAGAAUAGCCUCUGGUAAGACUCAAAUCCUUGUGCCAGCGGAUAUUUCUGGUUCCUCUGCUCCUGCUACUGAUUUCAUCUCCCCUUAUGUCAUGAAGAAGAACCACCUCGCCCAUUCAUGUUUUUGUUAAAGCAACCUAAAAAGAGUUAGUUUUCACAACGGUUGUACUCGAUCAUACCUGUCAAGCUUUUCAAGUAAGCUGAUGGACUUGGCCAUUAUAUUGUUCAUAUUUCAUUUAGGUCUGAAACUGAAAGUAUCUCAAACGUAAGUUUUGUUGUUAAGAUGAUUCUUCAAAAUCUUCUUCAAUCAUAAAAGUUUUCAUGUUCUUAUGGUCAAAGCAUUGUUUGAUGUGUUGCAGAACUUUUAUCUUAUAUUUCUUCAUUGUAACAUACAUAUGUAUCAGACAAUUUAGUACUCUAAAUUGUUUAGUGAAAAAUUGGUCAGCAAUGUAUUCGUUUCUUACUAUGGUACCGGUAAAGUAAUGGUAUCGUGAUACCUUUUUUUCAA